AGGAGGGCUUCUCUCGCUCCUGCUUUUUCUAGAAGCAUGACCACAUCCCGGCUGUUGCAGAGGCGAGGACAGGAGAGGGUGGCAGUGGGAAGUGGAACAGGAGGCCCGUGGGACGCGGGUCUGGGGACAGCAGGUAGUGGAGCCGGCCCGACAGCUGUCACUGCCCCUCAGAGAGUCAGUGGCCGCCACGCGGCAGGUGCAGCCGUCUCCGACUGAGCCUCUGCCUCGCAGUGAGGACGACCAGCCAAGGCCGUGCUGGCCCCGAUCACACUCGGGCGCACACUCCACCGAGUGAGCUGGAAGACCCGGGGGACGGCCGCCGCCCCGGCGCCCACAUGAUCAGAGCCGCCAGGGUGCCUGCGGACCGGCCAGUGCGCAUUGCCUUCAGCCUCGACGGCGCCCCAGAUGCUACGCCUCCCGAAGACGCCGCCCCUCCGCUCUUCCCCGAGUUAGACCAGCAGCUGCAGCCCCUGCCGCCUCGUCAGGACUCGCUGGAGUCCAUGCAGGUCUUCCGGCAGCACUGCCAGAUCGCGGAGGAGUACCACGAAGUGCGCAAGGAGAUCGCGCUGCUGGAGGAGCGGAAGAAGGAGCUCAUGGCUAAGCUGGCGCAGGCGGAGAAGGAGAAGGUGGAUGCGGCCCAGCUGGCCCGCGAAUUCGAGGCACUGACCGAGGAGAACCGCGCCCUGAAGUUGGCACAGUCCCAGUGCGUGGAGCAGCUGGAAAAACUCAGGGUCCAGUACCAGAAGCGACAGGGCUCGUCCUAGCUCGGCCCGAGCCCAGGCGCAGCGUGCGCGCUGCGGGCUCCCCACGUGGCCGCCGGCGCUGGAGCCAGUGCUUGCUGUCCAGGCUCAUGGGGGUGGGAGGGGAUGUUAUACUUUAAAUAAGAUGACUAAAGCAAACCUGUUACCCUUAUCUGUUUUCAGAGAUUGUAAUUAGCUUCCAAGGUAUUUUUCUUAUUUAGGAAGAUAGGAGCCUCCUAUACAUCAGGGUAGAAAAUGGCAGAAAUAGAAUAUUGGCUCCACUAAGAAUCCCA